AUGGCCGAGAACGCUGAAGAAGAAUUUGCAAGGCUCCCUUCAGAAGAGCUCUUGGAGGAUACCGAAAUGCAUGAUUUCUCCGAACCAGGAGAAAGAGACCUCAGCCAGCUUGGAACUUAUCGAGAGAGAACAGUCGAGCCUUGUGAAGGCGUCUUGCUGGGUCAACAACCUGAGUCUGAACCCAUGCAAAGCAUAGAGCAAGAAUCUGAAGAGCCCAAGGGACCCAGCUUCAUCAUCGCUAUCGAUUUUGGAACGACAUUUUCCUCCGUAGCCUUUGUCCGCCUGGAACCUGACAAACCGACUCAUCUGGUUGGGAUCGACGACAUCGAAUGUAUUGACAACUUCCCCGACAUGCUACCGGGGCCGUCUGCCGAUAUCCUCGCCCAUCAUCCGACCGUGCCCACGGAGCUCAUGUGCCAUACACAGCAAGACAAGCCGAGGCCUGAAGAUCCACUCGAAUCAGAAUCUUCAGACCAUGACUCUUGCCCCUCCCUGGAUCACGAAUGGGCGUCUUCGUCGGCGGACGACUCCGAUCAAGAGAGGGAGGAGGUGAAGGUAUCAGUUGCCCGAACCGAACCCAACAUAAUCAGGACCUCGGAUUGGGGAUGGGGGGUCCAUUCUCGACUUGCGAAGCCGAACCCGCUGCCCCCAGGUCUAGCUCACUUGAAAAGCUUCAAACUGCUCCUGGACGACAGCCCGGCGACAAGAGACCUUCGUCAAAAAAGCGCCCUCGCCAUGAGGAUGUUGAAGCCUGCCAAGGUGAUGGAUGUCAUUUCCGAGUAUCUUGAACACCUGUUCAGGCAUACGAAAGCGAGGCUGACGGCCACUCAUGGCCUUCGCCGGGAUAGUCCGGUGGAGUUUGUCAUAUGUGUGCCCAACUCAUGGACGGACACAGCCUGUCGCGUCAUGCACGACGCUUUAGCGAAGGCCGUCAAAAUGCCUGGACAGACACAUCUCGAGCACGCCACGAUCAAAGACUUGUUCAUUGUUGCCGAAGCGGAGGCGGCGGCAACUUAUGCUCUCGAAACCCGUGACUACCUGUCCAAGGUGGCACUCAAUGGGUCGUUCUUGCUCCUGGAUUGUGGUGGUGGCACAGUAGAUGCCAUCACUUACAAAUUGACCAACAUCAAUCCGGCCCGGCUGGAAGAAGUGGUCAAGCCCGAAGGAGUCUGUUGUGGUUCCAGCUUCUUGAAUGAGAGGUACAGAACUUUACUGCAAAGGCGCCUCGAAGAUGCCACCAUCAUUGGGAACGACACGCCACUGGAGAGGAUCAUCUCCAAAUUGGUGCAGGACUUUGAAAGUGAGAAGAGGAGGAUGAAUAUAGUCGAUCAGAGAGCGAACUUCGACUCGCUUUAUAUCCAAGGCCUCGAGGACGACCGCGAGCGUGGGAUCAGGAAGAACAGACUGGAUCUCAAGAGGAAGGAAAUGUACGACGAAGUCUUCAAGUACUGCAUUCGGGGCGUUGAAGAUUUGAUGCGGAAGCAACUCAACGAGGCCAAAGAGAAAAAGGUCAACGUUGAGACAGUCAUUGUGAUCGGCGGCUUUGGAGAAUCGCCGUCACUGAUCAAUCAUCUCAAGAAGAUGCUGCGGAAGGAGCGAAAUCAUCGGAAUCAGCGCAUAGAUCUUGAACCUUCCCGUCACGUCGAGUCGGCCGUCGCACGCGGCGCGGUGCUGCGGGCCUUGAGGAAAGAGAACGGACCCGGUAGAAUCACCAGGUCGAGUUAUGGAAUUCUUCAAUCUCAGCGCUAUAACGAAGAUGAUCUGAAGCACAGGAAGUUCAGAGUUUCUCGCUCCCCAGCCGAUGGAGAACUGUAUAUCAUGAACACCAUCAACUGGAUCAUCCACAAGGACACCACUGUCCCGACCAGGUAUGAGACGUCGGUGAAGUCGAGACACAUAUUCAAAGUCUCAGAACCCGAGUUCUUAUGCGAAGAAGUCCUCUAUGUUUCUUCACGCAGCCACGAGUCGGGCUACAAAGUAGGACAUAAGGCGAACAAAGGCGCCCAAGAGGAAGGGAGGAUCCUGGCGGACCUCACGUUCCUCCGGACGCAGAAUCACAUCGAGCCGAAGACCGAGACGAAUGCCCAAGGAAAAUCUUACUCCUAUUACGAGAUCUUCUACGAUCUCUGGAUCAUCAUUGAGGGCCGAAAUCUGAGAUUUGAGGCGCGUUCACCUAUCGAUGGCGCCGAUGUGAAAGCUACGAAGCAAUUCAGCAUUGCCGCCGGUUUCGUUCCGGGCACGGCGUGA